CGCAGCUUUUUGAGUUGCACGCAUUGGCCCGCUGGCGUGUUAAAACGGGCGCCGCACUGCACCAUCGAUCGCUAUCGACUGCUGCGAAGGCUAGAUCACUCACGCUCGAGGCGUAACGCCGCUGGCCCAACAAGCAGCACCCACAGCUGCAAAAUGGCCGAGCUUGAGGCGCAACUCAACAACUUGUCCAUCACCAAUGACGAGCCGUCCCUCCUCGACGCCAGCGACGCGCAAGAGAUCAUGCAGUGCGCUUCCAAAGCAAAGGAUGAAGUCCUAGUUAUAGUGCUCGUCGGCCUCUGCGGCGCCGGUAAAUCGGCGACCGCGAACCGCUUGUCUGGUAAUGUAGAAAAGCGCCGGGCUCAAAGAUCCGCGGGCCCCGUCACGAAGAGCUGCGGCGUGGCCUGCGGCGACGCUUUAGUGGUCCUGGACACGCCGGGCUUCGGCGAUGCUGGUUUGGGGACGAACGCCACGGCCGCGGCUAUUAGAAAAGCGACGCAGGAGGCCGAAGAAGCCGUCACAACUACGGGAAAGGAGGCGCGCUUCUCCGUACUGUAUGUGGCGUCCUGCGCGUCUCGCUUGAACACGGCCGAUUUGGAAGCUAUGGUAGCUGUUGGGUUCGCCCUCGGACGGGCCUGGCGGAAUAGUGCAUGCUUAGUGUGGACGCACGCCGACUUGCUGGAGGAGGCGUCGCUCCAAGAAUUCUUGGAGGGUUUGGACGGCGACGCGCGGGUCGCCGCGGACUCGUUGCGGGGAGGGCACUGUUUAUUGGACAACGUGUCCACUGGAGGCGCCGCUUCUGCCUUGGUCGAGGACGUGUUGGAUCGAUGUCGGCGGUUUUCGCGUUUAGGAAGACCGCAGCCCUCGGGGAAGCACGCGCGGCGCAUCCGCCAGGACGCGAUGCGGCGGCGCGAGGCUCGAAGACGGGCGGACGCGGGCGAGGGGCCCCCGGGCUUGUGUUGCGUGAGCUAGGUCCUUGUACUACGCGCCCAUCAUCGUCCGUUCGAGGUCUGUGUGCGAGGGUCUGUCGCGUGAGCUGAGUGGUCGCGCUGGCCCCAGUCCACGCCACCACCACGCCUAUCGUCGUCCGACCCGAUAUCUCUUUAACUCGCUGUGUACUACGU